UGGUCAGAAUGGUUGAAAGAAAUAAAGUUGCGUUAUUUUAUUAGCACGUGCAAAGCCACGCGGCCAAGCUGACCCAGCCAUGGCGACCCAUGGCCUUCUCCCCUCGUCACUCUUCGCAUCCACCACCGCCAUUCGCGCCAUCGCAGCGCCAACCCGCACCUGCCACCGCGUACUCUCCUACGGCACCCGCCGCCGCCGCCCCCUGGCCUUGGGCCGCCGCGCGCCGGCGAUGGACGCCCUCCGCGUGACGGGAGCCGCCGAGCCGCUCCUCCGCCCCUCCGUCGGGGGACACCCCAGGCUCCGCGUGCGGACCCAUGCGCAGGGCGAGGGCGAUGCCGGGCGUGGCGCCGCCGCGGAGGGGGACGCGGCCUUCUCGUGGGCACCCGUCAUACUCCCGUUCUUGUUCCCUGCAUUGGGCGGUCUCCUUUUCGGCUAUGACAUUGGCGCAACCUCUGGAGCAACAAUCUCUGUACAAUCUGCUGAUCUCAGCGGCACCACUUGGUUCAACCUGUCAUCUGUGCAACUAGGCCUUGUGGCAAGUGGUUCACUUUAUGGAGCUCUUGGUGGCUCUAUUCUCGCAUACCGCAUUGCAGAUUUUCUAGGAAGGAGAAUAGAGUUGGUCACCGCAGCUGCAUUAUAUAUUCUUGGUGCUUUGGUCACUGGAUUUGCCCCUAAUUUUGUAGGUCUAAUCAUAGGCCGUAUCCUUUAUGGGAUUGGUAUUGGUUUGGCAAUGCAUGGUGCCCCACUUUAUAUUGCAGAGACUUCUCCUCCGCAAAUACGUGGAACAUUGAUAUCUUUGAAGGAGCUGUUUAUUGUGUUAGGAAUACUGUUCGGAUAUCUUGUAGGAAGUCUUGAAAUUGACAAUGUAGGAGGAUGGCGGUACAUGUUUGGUUUUGGCGCUCCGCUUGCAGCUAUCAUGGCUAUUGGUAUGUGGACUUUACCACCUUCACCAAAAUGGUUACUUCUCAGGGCAGUUCAAGGAAAGGGGUCUAUGGAGGAUAAUAAAAAGAAGGCAAUUCAAGCCCUUAGAACGUUGAGGGGCCGCUCAACAAGUGAAAAGGUUUUAGCAGAUGAUGUUGAAGAUACCAUUGUCUCUAUUAAGGCAGCCUAUGCAGGACAGGAAGGUGAAGGGAAUAUUUGGGAGGUAUUUGAAGGAGCUAGCUUGAAGGCCUUCACCAUUGGAGGAGGUCUUGUUCUGUUUCAGCAGAUAACAGGCCAGCCAAGUGUUCUAUAUUAUGCAGCUUCGAUACUUCAGACUGCUGGGUUCUCAGCUGCAUCAGAUGCUGCCAGAGUGGCAAUUUUGAUUGGGUUGUUCAAGUUGCUAAUGACAGGUGUUGCGGUACUGAAAGUUGAUGAUCUUGGAAGGCGCCCAUUAUUGAUAGGAGGUGUUGGUGGAAUUGCUCUGUCACUCUUCCUUCUUGCAGCUUACUACAAGAUCCUGAACAACUCCCCCUUUGUUGCUGUUGGCGCUUUACUUCUUUAUGUUGGUGCUUACCAGGUCUCAUUUGGUCCAAUUAGUUGGCUAAUGGUGUCUGAGAUAUUUCCACUGCGAACAAGAGGGCGUGGGAUCAGCCUUGCGGUACUAACAAAUUUCGGCUCAAAUGCGUUGGUGACAUUCGCGUUUUCACCCUUGCAGGAAUUCCUUGGGCCAGAGAAUAUAUUUUUCCUGUUUGGGGCCAUAGCAGUGCUCUCCCUUGUGUUUGUGAUCCUCAAUGUUCCCGAGACAAAAGGACUGAGCUUGGAGGAGAUUGAAUCUAAGAUCCUGAAGUAAAAUGGCGUGGUCAAGGCUCCACAAACCCCGGUUGUUGGCCAGAAAGAUUAAUGCCGUUUACAACAUGGAUGCUCACUCAUAGGAUCAGAGUGCGUCAGUCUCAGACUUAGUAGCGCAGUUCACGUCUAGAUGUAAAGUUUUUCCUUCUUGUAAUUAAUAUUUCUGGAUAUGCAUUUGUAGCUACCAAGUCAUAACCACGUCCCAAUUGUCCAUUGCAUCUCAUCCCAUAGCAGCAGUAAGUAAUCGACUAAUCGUCGUGUUCUUGUGACUAUGCUGUAUGUGCUGGUGAGCUGCCGCAAUGAGGACGUCCCCAGUUACCCCCACUGUUUAGUUUUUGUUUUCUGGAACUAUUUUACCCCUACUGUCUGCUGGUGUGAAACUAUGCUGCAGAAAUUUGUUUGUA